AUGCGUCUCGCGGCAGCUUUCUUCAUCGUCUUCUUCCUCGUCGAUGUCGUUUGCAGCGAGGAGUGCACGAGAACCUGCAUUGCGCAAAAUUGCGACACUCUUUCUAUACGGUAUGGGAAGUAUUGUGGGAUUGGUCACUUUGGAUGUCCUGGUGAGGAGCCCUGUGAUGAACUUGAUGCUUGUUGUAUGGUCCAUGACGAUUGUGUUGAGUCCAAAGGUAAAUCAAUCAAGAAUGCAAAUCCCUUUACUGUUUGA